CGCCGGGUUGGGGCCGCUCGGGGCUGUGCGAGAUUACGUCGCCGCCGUCCGGGUCCGCGCCGUGCAACAUUGUGCUGCAAGGCAAUCAAUACAGUACCUUAAGUCACUUCAACCAUAAUGGAAAAGUAUGAAAAAUUAGCUAAGAUUGGAGAGGGGUCCUAUGGGGUUGUAUUCAAAUGCAGAAACAAAACCUCCGGACAAGUGGUAGCUAUUAAAAAAUUUGUGCAAUCUGAAGAUGAUCCUGUUGUUAAGAAAAUAGCACUAAGAGAAAUACGUAUGUUGAAGCAAUUAAAGCACCCAAACCUUGUGAACCUCAUUGAGGUGUUCAGGAGAAAAAGGAAAAUGCAUUUAGUUUUUGAAUACUGUGAUCACACACUUUUAAAUGAGCUGGAAAGAAACCCCAAAGGAGUUGCUGAUGGAAUGAUCAAAAGUAUAUUAUGGCAAACACUUCAAGCUCUUAAUUUCUGUCACAAACAUAACUGUAUUCACAGAGAUGUAAAACCUGAAAAUAUUCUAAUGACUAAGCAAGGAAUAAUCAAGAUCUGUGACUUUGGGUUUGCACGAAUUCUCAUUCCAGGAGAUGCCUACACUGAUUAUGUUGCUACAAGAUGGUACCGAGCUCCUGAACUUCUUGUGGGAGACACGCAGUAUGGCUCUUCAGUAGACAUAUGGGCUACCGGUUGCGUUUUUGCAGAGCUUCUGACAGGCCAGCCACUGUGGCCCGGAAGAUCAGAUGUGGACCAGCUGUAUCUGAUCAUCAGAACACUGGGAAAACUAAUCCCAAGACAUCAAUCUAUCUUCAGAAGUAACCAGUUUUUCCAUGGCAUCAGUAUUCCUGAACCGGGAGACAUGGAAACUCUUGAAGAAAAGUUUUCAGAAGCUCAUCCCAUGUCUUUGAAUUUCAUGAAGGAUUGUCUGAAGAUGAAUCCUGAUGACAGAUUAACCUGUGCCCAACUCCUGGAGAGCCCCUACUUUGAUUCUUUUCGAGAGGACCAAAUUAAAAGAAAAGCACGCAAUGAAGGAAGGAACAGAAGACGUCAGCAGAAUCAACUGUUGCCUCUCAUACCAGGAAGCCACAUCUCCCCCACACCUGAUGGAAGAAAACAAGUCCUCCAGUUAAAAUUUGAUCAUCUUCCAAACAUUUAGGAAAAUGUUCUUUCAAGUGGAAAGUAAUUUAAUAUGUACACAUUUCCGUACAAGAGAGAUAGGAAUUCUUAGUGUUUCAAAUGCAAAUGAGCCAUAUGAAAAUUAAGAUGCCUUCUAGAAUUGUUUUGCUCUGAUCAUUACUGAUUCCUCUGCCCGUGCUUUUUACACGCCAACUUUAUCUUCUAGAACAUUUUCUUUAAAUGUUAUGGAGUCUGAAACUGCACAUAUGGAGGAGACAUUUUCAAUUUCAUCAGAGCAGCCCCACCUGAGGCAAUUUAUGUUGAGAAUUUGUGGGCUUGUACUUUGAUUCUUGAAAGAGAUUUACAUAUAUCGUUUUGGUUUACCUGACCACAUAAUGUCUCAGAGCAUUAUCCAAAUAGCUUGCCUAGCUGUUGUUUGUGCAGGGAAUGAUAUCAUGUUUCUUUUCUUUUCUUUUCUUUUUCUUUCAAUUUCAAAAACUAACUUUAAUGAGGUAUGUUUUACAUAUAAUAAACGUACUUAUUUUAAGUGCAGAACUUUUCCCUGGAUUUCAGCAAAUGUAUACACAUGCACGGCCUGACCAAAGGAAGAUAUAAAACAUGGUCAUCAAGCUUAAAAUGUUCUCCACAGCCUUUUGUAGUAAGUCUUCCCAAGAUCACUGGCCCCAGACAGCCAUGGACCUGCUUUUUCUGUCACUAGUGAUUAGGUUUUCCUAUUUGGGGAUUUGAAAUCAAGGGAAUCAUAGAACCUACAUUCUUUUGCACCUGACAACUUGUGCUCAGCAUGAUGCUUCUGAGAAAGGAAUGACAUUAUGUUUCUGCAUUUAAUCACUCUUGUUGCAACCAGGACUUUUGAGUAAUGCUGGAUUUUAUAUUGGUGCAGAAAGAGAGCCUGAAAUGUCAUGUAGUUUAUCCCUUGUUUCCAGGGCAGAUUCCAGAGCUACAAGGAAUUAUCAUGCUCAUCACAUAAUGCUGUCCUUUGGUACAUUAUGGUUUCUUACUCUUUUCUCCUGGCUCAGUCAUCUCAGUACCUAGACCUAUCCUGUGGGUGUGUUUCCUAAAUAGUUCACUGUCGAUACUUUUCCAAACAUUUGCAUCCAAAGCCUCUGUGAAUUUGUGCAGCCCUAAACUUGUGUAGCAUGCCAGAUCAGGUUUGUGAAUGCUUCCGACAGCAGAAAGAUUAUCUUUUCAGUUAACUUCAUUUUGUGUCUGCUACCAAAAAAGAGAAGCAAACAACAAGAUACCUCACUAGGCGAGCCCAAUUUACACUGGGAUAUUUUCCCAAGUGAACUUGACAGAUAUUCCUACAUACAUACAUAUAUAAAUGUAUACACACAUAUAUAUACUUAUAUAUAUAUACAUAUAUAUGUACAUGUAUGUAUACACACAUAACACAUAUAUAUUUAUAAGUUUUGAAACAUCAUGGUAGAUGCCUUUUAUCCUAGACGUCUAAGAACAAUGCCGUCUGUGUAACGGACUUUUUAGUUUGCUAACAAGGAACUCAUGUAAAAUAAUAGCAUGGGGUUGUCUAUCACUGUCUGGCAUAAAGGCACAAAAUAGUCAAUAAAUUAUGAAGGUUAUUAGCUCUUUUCUGGUCCUGGGUCUGGAAUGCUGACCUGAACAUUGUCAAAUUGUGCAAAUACACAUGAUUCCAGAAAUGCCUUGUAUCAGGAACCAAAAUAUCGAGCAUAAAUUGUUUUUAGGAAAACACACUAACAUCUGAUGUUCAUCCUCUGAAAGUUUAUUGCAUUUAUAAACAUGGCUAUGUAAACUUCUAGAGAAGCCUGUUGAGUUACUUGGGAGCAUCUCUUUACUUGGGAAUUAUGGCAUCUCAACAAUGGUUUCUUGCUCACCGGAAGAACAUUUUAAGUGGACUUAUUUGGCCAUUUAACAUGCUUAGUGUGAAUAUAAGCUGCUACGGUCUUCUUAUUGUCAUCUUAUCAUUAAGAAGGCACCUCUUCACAUUUGUAAGUUUCUUGCAUUUUUAAUUAGAUGAUGAUACCACAGGCACAAGGAAUUUGAGAAAUAAAAGAUAGAAGGCAUCUUCGAUGAAAGAUUUCUUUUUUAUUUUCAUAGUGUUUUUAUCAUGUAAGCCUUCUUACUGCCAAGCCACUCAUGCUGCUCCAGCUCUCCUAAAUAUCUAGAUGAUUCUAUCUCACACACACACACACACACACACACACACACACACGCACAGAGAAGUUCAGAAUAUACACGACUCCAAUACCCAUUUUGCUUAUAAUCAUGCUUCAGACAACAGUGGAGAGUUUGGUAAGGGUUGAUAGGGUGACUGCUUUUCUUAUUUUUGCUUACAUUUAAGAAUUAACGAAACUGGCAUCUGUCUCUCUCAGUUUUUUUUCCUUAGACAAAUCCAUCAUCUAGAGAGCACGGGGAGGGGAGGGGAGAGGAGAAGAGAGGAGGAAGCACCCAAUGCUUGGGAAAAUGUUCUUUCACCACCAGGGAAAACACUCUUCUGACGACUUUUGCACCCCGCACUUUCCCUGGGCGUCCCGGGGCCACGUAGCCCUGUCGCCGGCUCAGUCACGCAGGCACACGGACCUCAACCUGCAAGUCUUUCUGUCUCAAGGCCGGUUUCUCAGCCCUUGCAUUUCUCAGCCACACGUAAGACAGUGGCACCUGAGGGUCUCGUGCCCAAAUUAAGUAGUGGGUUUUGUACAACUUAAUCAGGCUCUUCACAGAGGCCCACACAACUCUGUAACCAGGCGUUUUCUUUCCAUCCAUGUCCAGUUUCUGGCUUACCUGCCGCUUCUGUCACCGAGGCACUGGUCAGGCUUUUUAAUUUACGGAUAUAGCUCUUUCCUGGUGCCAUCCAGGUACCGCGGGGUCGUGGUGAGUGAUGCCGCCCGAGUACUCUCCUUUCCUCCACCUCGGCAUGACCUGUUCACACCCCGGGUUUCCUCCACUUUGUACCUGAGAAUCUCCAAGCAGCCAAGCAGCUCUUUUGUAUUGUGUUUUGUUUUGUUUUGUUUUGUUUUGCCUUGUUCCGUUUUGUUUGAAGAGCACUUUACAGAGAACUAAAAAUGCAGACUGUACUCCUUUGUGCUCUUGCUUCUUCUUCAGGGAAGAGAGAAAUACACCAUAGAAAAGGACACCUCAUAGACCUUUAUCAGCCCUGUAAGGCUACCUUUGGUCUCCAUUUCAGUCCUGGUGAUAUCUGAAUGCACUUGUUCCAACUUGCCCCAACCACAAAGCCCUUUUUUU